CAAAUAAGAAAAGAAAAAAUAAAAAACCACAUACACACAAAAAUUCAAAAACCUUAAUUCAAUUCCCUUCAUCCUCCUCCUCCUUCUUCUCUCAGUCCACUCCAUCGGUGUCUUCUUCUAAUUCAGCUCACCCAACCUGAAAAUUCAUAAAAACCUCACCUUUCUCCGUCUUCAAUUCUCCCCUAAUUCAUUCACACAGACAAUUCUUUAGACCCUGUUCUUCCAAAAAAGCCCUUUCAACCUCAAAAAAUGACCAAAUAGCCGCCGCCACCAACCACCACCGUUACGAAAUUCCGUCGAUCUGGUCCACCAGUGAAGUAAGAUGAUCGUUCGCACAUACGGUCGCCGAAACAGACCCCUCUCGAGGACCUGCUCAGCUUCUUCUCUCAACGACGACGUUUUGGACCCACUAUCGCAGGAGAGUUCACAGAACCACGACAACAACAUCUACGGAUUCGCGUACUCGUCCCAGGAUUCGUCCUCGCAUUGGUCCCUCUUCGAUUCGGAUCCUAAUUUAGUAGACGAUUUCGGCGGCGGCUGCAGGGAGCCGAAGAGGGCGAGGAAGGGGGAGAAGAAGGCGGCGGCAGCUAACGGGAGUUGCCACGUGGCGAUACCUACGACAUCGACGCUUAUGGAGGCGCAGGAGUUUGGGGAGAUGAUGGAGCAUGUUGAUGAGGUGAAUUUCGCUCUCGAUGGCCUCCGCAAGGGACAGCCUUUGCGGAUCAGGAGAGCGAGCUUGGUGUCACUGUUGGGUAUUUGUGGCACCACGCAGCAGCGGAGGCUUCUCAGGAGUCAGGGGAUGGCAAAGACCAUAACUGAAGCUAUUUUGGGCCUCAGUCUCGAUGAUUCUCCCAGCAAUCUUGCAGCUGCAACUCUUCUAUACGUUUUAACCUGUGAUGGUCAAGAUGAUAAUCUACUUGAAUCAUCUGGUUGUAUUCAAUUUCUUAUAAAGUUGUUGAGACCAAUUGUCUCAACAUCUAUCGCAGACAAGGCACCAAAACUUGGUUCUAAGCUUCUAUCCUUGCGUCAGAAUGAUGACAUGUUCAAAACUUCAAUGGGAAGAAUGGAUUCCAGUUUGGUCACAGUUUUUUCUAGAGUUCAAGAAGUUCUAGUAAAUUGCAAAGGACUAAAAACAUCUUGUCAGAAUGACAAUGUGGUGGAGAGGCCAGAGUUAUGCCCGAAAUGGUUAGCAUUGUUGACCAUGGAGAAGGCUUGUUUAUCUGCCAUUUCUCUUGAUGAAACCACUGGUGCUGUACGGAAGGCUGGUGGAAAUUUUAAGGAGAAACUAAGGGAGUAUGGAGGACUUGAUGCGGUCUUUGAAGUCACCAUGAAUUGUCAUUUAGAUUUGGAGAAAUGGGUGGAGGAUGAUAGUUCUCUCUCUACCAAGGAUCUGAGAAAUAACAAACAUCUGAAGAAUCUAACCCUACUUCUCAAAUGCCUGAAGAUAAUGGAGAAUGCUACUUUUCUAAGCACAGAUAAUCAGACUCAUUUGCUUGAAUUGAAAGGAAGAUUAAAUCCUCAGGCAACUUCUUUUUCUUUUACGGAGCUGAUCAUAACUGUUAUAAGGAUCCUUUCAGACAUAUGUUUACGUCGAAGUGCCUCUGCUGCAUCCAAUGAGAAAAAGGGGAUAGAAGAAAAAAGAAUUUCAGAGAAUGAACCUUUAUUCAAAAGUUCUAUCGGCAAGUUGUUUGGUAUGAAUAGAGCUUCUUCUGCUAAGAAUUCUGAUGUUACACGGAGCAGCCGACUUUUGACAUGUAGUCAGAUGGAAUGUUCACAAUCCAUUUCUGAAACUCCCAGCACUUCAACUAGUGAUAUUUAUUCGCUAAAGAUGAGAGUUAGUUCUUCAACAUCUGAAUCUUGCAGUGGUGCAUCAAAGAGUUCAGGCAAUAAAGCAUCCACAAUCCAUAAUAGUUCAAGGAAGAAUGUACGGUUUACUGAAAAUAGCCCAAUUGUAAUCUCGGAUGAUAGCCAAGAUCCUUUUGCAUUUGAUGAGGAUGACUUUGCACCCACUAAGUGGGACAUAUUAUCAGGGAAACAGAAGAAAUCUCAUUCUAAAAGAAAAUAUGAGGUGCCAAGCAGAGAAUUUGAGUAUGUAUGUCAAUCUCAGACUAAAGAGAUAGAGAUCCAACAAGAAUUGAAUGAUGUUGACAUCAAUUGUUCCAGUUCUGUUGUUGGCGAUGAAGAAGGUUCCAUCCUUCUAAGUGAUUGCCUUCUAACUGCUGUUAAGGUGUUGAUGAAUUUGACUAAUGACAAUCCUGUUGGCUGCCAGCAAAUUGCGGCCUAUGGAGGACUGGAAACUAUGUCUAAGCUGAUUGCUGGUCAUUUCCCUUGCUUCAGCUCUUCGAUGUCCUUUGGUCAGAUGAAAGAAAAUACUUCAAGUGCUGAAGACCAGCAAUAUGAUAAGCAUCUCACUGAUCAUGAAUUAGAUUUUCUUGUGGCCAUUCUGGGCUUGCUUGUAAACCUGGUAGAGAAGGAUGACCACAACAGAUCACGCCUUGCAGCUGCCAGUGUUCUGCUUCCUUCAUCACGGGGCUUGGAUCAUGAGGCUCGGGGGGAUGUUAUUCAAUUAUUAUGCUCUAUUUUCUUGGCUAACCAGGGUGGAAUUGAGGGAGAUGGGGAAGAUAAACAUUCGGCACUGGAUGCUGAAGAAGUUGUUCUCCAGGGUGAAAAAGAAGCUGAGAAAAUGAUUGUCUCUAUUUACUCUUUAACUGCUCUUGCUUACAUCAAGAGCAUCCGAGCGGCAAUUGCUGACCAUCUCCCAGAUCACAACUUAUCUAUUCUUGUGCCUGUGUUGGACAGAUUUGUGGAAUUUCAUCUGUCAUUGAACAUGAUUUCACCAGAGACUCAUAAAGCAGUUAGUGAAGUCAUUGAAUCGUGCAGAAUUCGAUGAAAGCCCAGCACAUCGGAAAACUCUGUACAGCCACAGCGUAAGUUAGGUUUUUGUUACUCCACACAAAAUGGGACUGCUGCAGCUUAGUUCAUUACAGAGUCUGACCAAGUUACAUAUACUUUAUGAAUGCUAUACCAUGUCCUAUAUUUGUAUCACCAUGCUGGUGAUGAUGUAUACAGAAAAUUAAUAGUGGGUUGCAUUAUUAUUAGCAUAGUUGUGUGUGUAAUCAAUGGUAGUAAUUUUUUCAAUAUUUUUUGUUUAUUCAUUCAUUUUUCGUGUAUCAGAAGCUUAUAUAUUUUGUUAUAAAUGCUCAUGUAGAAUAGCCGCGUCCUUUUUCUUCAUAUUUUCGGCAACUUGACAUAAGCCGAGAUUGAAUCAGUGUUAAAUAAGCAUAAUAUUUAAGUAGA